AUCUCAAUUUACCCCAUGUCAUGGUACUCAAGCAAAUAGGUGACAGAAGACAGCUUCUGCUGUCGGUAUAUUGUCAAUCUCGAUUGCUCUUUCAUGUUCGUAACUAACAAAACUUGUACAUAGUCCUAAUACAUACUUACUCAAAUAAAGAACCAACAAUGCUGAAGAUCCUCUUUCACCUUUUGGGUGCUAUACACUUUGGUUAUGGCUGUUACUAUGACCAGGUGCAUGUGAAUGUUCCGAGCACUUCAGCCAUUGUCACUCCAUAUGCUGGAAAGAUGAAAUACUUGACCCAUUUGAAUGCUAUUAUGCAAACUUUGUAUUUCACAUUGGCACUUUUGAAUGACUUAUUUGGAAAUAAUGAGCCAACACCAUCAGAGAAGCCUUUAAUAAGACGCAUAAAAGAUAUAUUAUUUAGUGCCUUGGCUUUUCCACUGUCUAUGUUUGUUGGUAUUACAUUUUGGGGCAUAUACGCCAUCGACAGAGAGCUCAUUUUACCAAGAAGCUUAGACCCAUAUUUUCCUACAUGGCUGAAUCAUGUAAUGCACACAAACAUAAUGGCAUUUAUUCUAAUUGAUUUGUUAACAUCCUUCAGAAUGUAUCCUAGGAAGAAAAUUGGACUAUCUGUACUUUGUACAUAUAUGUUGUGUUACAUGGUUUGGAUUCAUGUAAUAUAUUUUAAAACUGGAAGUUGGGUGUAUCCUAUACUGAAUAUACUCAACUGGCCCCUAAGAGUAGUGUUCUAUCUAGUCUGUCUUGGAUUAGUUUGUAGUCUCUACAGCUUAGGCGAAAAAUUUAACAAGUUGGUUUGGUCUAAAGAAGUAGAACAAACUGUUAAAUCUGGAAAGAAAAAAUAAACUGUUAAUGCUAUUCAUGUAGUGAAUUGCCAAAAUGUAUUUUUAAUGCAUUCAUUUUAAAGAACUUCAUAGAUUGGGGAAUUAAGUAGAUAGUAGUUUAAGCUUUUGCUAAGGGGUAGGGCUCAAAAUUUAGAUUUAAACUUAAUAAUACUCAUUAAAGAUAUAUUGUUGUUCAAUAUUGUUGAAGAUAUUCUCAAAAAACCUUUAUCUUCUCACUUAAGUAUAGAGUUCCAGAAGUAUUUUUUAUUUAUAUUCAUUUUUUAAAUGGUGAAAUUGGUAAUGUUACAUUAUUUAUUAUAUAUUGUUAAUACAUUUGGAAGAUAACUGAAAGUGGUAAAAAUAGACAAAGAUAAGGAAUAAAGGAAGGUCAUUUUACAUAAUUAGUCAAUUAUUAUUUUUCUGAUAGUAAUUUCUACUUUAAUAAAUCCUAUUUUAAGUAAAUAAGGAAAAGUGAAAUUGUAAAUGUGUGUGAUCAAAAUAAAUAUUGUUAAAAUGAUUGCUCAAAAGAAGAAAUAAAAGCAAUAAUAAUAACCCUUAAAUUUACCCUUUUUAAUUUUUAUCUUAUCAGUUUUGAUCAUUUUGCCCCCUAAAUGACGUAUGCGUCCUGCAAUGAAUACAUAAAUUGAACUAAAUGUAUUAUUUAUUUAACUUACAUUAUGGUAUACGUAACGUAUAACACGUAAAGUCAUGGUCGGUAUGUUAUAAGCAGGAGUUGUUUACAUGACUCCACAACAAAAUUAAAAAAUGGGGAAUUUAAGGGUCAAACCCUUAUUAGCUAUGUAAGUUUUGUGAACAGUGUCCAACUUUAAUACUUACUUAGGCUUAUAAAUGUAUUACAAAAUACGCAGUACAUUCCAUUUCAUAAUGUUAUUUGAAUAGAUUGGAAAGGUCUUUUAUGAAGUUUCCUUGCACUUUUUUAUAUAUUUAUAUUAUGAUUUCAUUCCUUACGAGUCGUCCAUUUACAAUUAUUAUCGAUCAUCAUCAUCAUCAUCAACAGCCCACAGUCGUCCACUGCUGGACAUAGGCCUCUCCCAAUCCACACCACUGAGCCCGGUCUACGGCUCUCCUCAUCCACUUCUUGCCGGCUACCGUUCGGAGGUCAUCGCACCACCUAGCCAGGGGGCGACCCACGUUACGUCUUCCGCUGCGCGGUCUCCACUCGUAUAUGGCCAGCCCACUGCCACUUCAGCUUGCUGACUCUUUGAGCUAUGUCGAUGACUUUAGUUCUCUGUCGAACAACCUCAUUCCGGAAUUAUCGAAAAAUUAGUACUGAUUCAUACUCAAUGUCCUAGUUUUACCUUCAGCUGGGAGGUGUCUUUACUUUGAAAAUACAACUUAUUUUCAUUCUUAAAGAUUUAGAUAGUGUAUAAUAAAGGUACACGUCCAUUGGCCGGCGCCGGAGCACCGCACGCAACGGAUUUUAUUUUGCUUUGUAUGAUUUCACAUAGUGCUGCGUCCACUAUCCGUGCCGCCCGCACCGAUCGCCGCCAUUUAUGAGCAAAAGCAAAAUAAAAUACGUUGUGUGCGGUGUGUCCGGCGCGGGCCAAUGGACGCGUACCUUAAAACUUCUGAAUUGUGACAGAAGUUUUAGAAUAUUUAUUUAAUUUUAUUAUAUUAUUGCAAAUAUUAUUGUUGCAAAGUACGAGCACGCGUGGCCUUUAUUUGUAGUUGUAAUCGUAAAUAAACAUUUCCGUUAGUGGGUGUACCCGACGGAGCGGUCCUGUCAGUAGCGAGUGAGUUGUUCGUUGCUAUUGUUCACGAAGUACGGUCAGCAUGUCAAUUCUUUAAAGUGAAAGAAAA